AUGAACGUGAAGACGCUGAACUUUGAGCAGUUCCUGCCCAUGAUGCAAACGAUCGCCAAGAACAAGGACCAGGGCUGCUUCGAGGACUACGUGGAGGGGCUGAGGGUCUUCGACAAGGAGGGCAACGGCACCGUCAUGGGCGCCGAGAUCCGCCACGUCCUCGUCACCCUGGGUGAGCCUCGACCCCCCCGCUGGGCCCCCAAACCCCGAUGUCCACAGGGAAACCAGAUCUUACUGAAAAAUAAAACCCAAACUGGGCCGGGGAG